UUCUUAAGUUUAGUAAAAUCUCAUUUGUAUUAAAACCAACCUGUUUUCAGUUUGUCUAUUUGCAGUUUCAAUGAGUUGCUUUAAGUCAUUCCCGACCUACCUAUCCUCCCAAACUGCUGGUUCAAGUUCCAAUUGGGACCUCUUUGUGUAGAGUUUGAGGGUGCACCGAGAGUCUACAAAAAUAUCUCUUUGCUUCAAACCUGUUGUUUUUAAUAACUGUUAACAUUUGAUUAAGGCUAUUAAAACACACAGUCCACUUAAAAUAUGUUUUUACUACAAUAAAAAAGGUUUGGACUAAGUUGAACUACAUUUUUAGAACCUUUAAAAACCAUUAUGUGCCGCUCUCAUUGUUUUAAAAUAUUUUUCCACCUUGAGUUCAAUUUACAUUGUUCCAGGAAGUUAAAUGUGAAUUAAGUUAGGGUUGAUGUUAUGUAACAUAGGUGUGAGAGUGCUGUUUGAUUUUAUUUUAUUCAUGAAACAUACAUUUUUAGCUACUUAAAUCUCCGUCAACUUUGUCUGUUACUAAUUUAGAUAUAUUCUCUCUUGUAUCUGGCCAUUGAAAAUCAAAUUUAAUUAAUGUUAUUUAUAUUCCUAGAUACCCAAAGUAGAAGAUGAUCUAAUGCUACCUUUAAACAUUGAAGCCCUCAUGGAGAUAAACCAUUCACAUCUUCUGGACCUCAAGGCUUUUGAGAGGGAUAGAGACAUGAGCUACAUAGUUGUGGAAUACUGCCAUGGAGGGAGUCUUGCUGCAAAGAUCAGAAAAGAAUGCUUGAACCCUCCAGAUGAAGCAAAGAUUCUGAACUGCUUUGUUGAGAUCAUCAUGGCUCUGAAAGCCCUUCAUGAGAAAGGUUGCCUUCACAAAGAUCUCACACCAGAGAACAUAUUCUUAAACCAGUUUGAAAUCACAAGAGUGGGUGGAUUUGGAACAAUCAGUGAAAGUGACAUCUGGUCUGCUGGAUGCAUACUCUUUGAGCUUUGUGAAAAAAGACCAGCGUUCUCUGCAGAUAAUCCACUCAACCUGAUCCCAAAAAUAAUAGGUGGUCCUAGUCCGGUUCUCCCAGAGAUGUUCUCAUCAGAUCUUUGUAAACUUCUGAGUGAAAUGCUGGAAAAACGCCCUGAAAAGAGACCAACAGCCAGUGAAAUCCUUGCACGUCCUUUUCUUCGAGCUUGUCUUAUUAAAAAGUGUGAAUUAACAGUGGAGCAGCUCAAGAACAUACUAAACACCCUGAGGGAUCUGGCUGAUGGUUUGGAGAAAGUUCAUACAGGGACCAGCAUCGGCAGCCUGACUGGAGGAGUCAUUGGAGUAGUGGGAGGAAUCACAUCAGUUAUUGGGCUCAUACUGUCCCCAUUCACUUUGGGAGCUUCUCUCAUUGUUACUGGUGUAGGUGUAGGGGUCGGUGCAGCUGGUGGAAUUACUGCUGGUGCCUCAAACAUCACUAAAAUGGUCAAACAGACUUCUCAGCGUGAAAAAGUCGACUCUAUCAUCAGAGAAUUUGAUCAGAAAACGAAGGCAGUUGUCACCUGGCUCCAGGAGAUGUUAAAUACCACAGAUUGUGAAUACGAACACACAUUAAAGAAAAAUGAUUUUAAUAAUCAAAACCUAAAGAAAAGUGGUGGUAGAGCAGUAAAAACCGUAGCUGUUGCUACGGAGGCGGUUCGACUUAGUAGAUUUAUGAAUGUUGGUAAAAUUGCAGCACAAACAUGCAGAGUAGUGCGUAUAGCAGAAGUGGCAACAGGUGUACUGGCUGGUAUAUUUCUGGCUGUAGACGUCUUCUUCAUUGCCAUGGACGCAAAAGAAAUCCAUCACAUCAGACAGGCAAAGGCUUCAACAGCCUCUGACCACCCUACAUUGUCUUUCAGCCCACAGACGGAAGAUAACUCUUCCUCUGAAGAAAAAAUCAAAUCUGAAAUUAUGAGAUUUGUCAGAUCAAUCAGAAAGUCUGCAGAUGAGCUGCAAAAAGUUAUUGAUGGGCUGGAAAGAGAGAUUUCAUCAAUAACUUUGAAAGCCCCAAAUCUGGAAUAGUAUGGUGAAAAAUAAAAUGUUGCAUUUGGCAUCAUUGCACUCCUGUACAACAUCCUGACACGUGGUUAAAUUUUAGUGAACCAGGGAGUCAAAACUAAAGGGAGCCUUCAUCCUCCUCUAAUAAUUUUGGCUUGAGCUUCUUAAACCAUAUUUAUUUCCACAGUAAGUGUGAGAGGGAACAUUCAAAAUAUUUGCUUAAUUCCAACAUUGAGAUUAAAAAGUUGAUAGUUGGCUGAGCUUCACAAACUUAAGUAAAAUCCUUUGACUUUUACAUGCUUUCCCUUGUACUGUAACAUACUUUAGCUUGUACUUUUUUUUCUUUUUUUUGGGAGGGGGGUAAUAAAAAUAAUAAAAACCCUGAUUCCAAAAUAUCUUCACAUUCUGACCCUACAUUGUUCAAUCAUAGAAUAGAGCUGGUGUUUGAGUCACUUUUAUUGUAUUUUUCUGAUGCAGUGCAACAGUGAAAUAAAGAUGGUUGUUUUGAGGGCUUUAUUACUGUUAUGGGUGCUUUUAAUAAUUAUUUCUAAGGUGCUUAAUCAUAAAGUGUGAUAACAGAUAUGCUUAUGAUUCACAUGGAUUUAUGCAGUUAAUGAAUGUUGCCUUAAGAUUUGAAUAAAGACAAUCAGAUGGGAAUUGUACAUGGAAAAGAAGUUAAAAGAACUAUGGUGAAAGUUUUAAAAUGAAAUGUCAUGUUAUUUUCUGGUAAACUAUGGCUAAAAGAUAAAUACAUAGAUACAUAUUUGGAAUUGGAAAAUGUAAUUCUGACCUUGUGAUUAUGUUAAUAAAUAAUUAUAAUCGCUGAUAUAAUUUCCUUUCUUCUUGUG